AUGUGGCGUCAGUACAAGAUGAACAUGCCACAUCAGGCUGGAGCUAGACCAGGGGGUAUUCCACCCCCACCUCCACCGGGACCACCAGGGCAUCUAGCCCCUGUUGUGGUGGACUACCUGCCCUUGAUACGGGAACUUCGGAUGAUGGGGACACCGAGGUUUGAGGGUACUCAGAGACCUGAGAUCGCGGAGGAUUGGCUGAUCCGCAUCUCCAGGGAUCUGGAUUAUGUCAGAUGCCCACUGCAGUACCGGACAGAGAUCGCGAGUCACCAUCUGUAUGGAGAAGCUCUUCACUGGUGGGAGGAAGUGGUUCGUGAGGCAGUACCGGGAUAUCAGUUCACUUGGGAGGAGUUCCGGGCGCGUUUUGAAGACAAGUAUUGUCUGAAGGGAGACCAGGAUCACCGUAUUGUGGAGUUCCUCCAUCUGGAGCAGGGUGAUCGGACUUUAGCUGCGUAUGAGGCCGAGUUCACCCGUCUAUUGCGAUAUGGGGCACAUCUGGUGCCGACCGAGAGGCUGAAGAUCCAGAAGUUCGUGACUGGAUUACCCCCAUAUCUGCGGAGGAGGAUUGAGAUCCAGGAGUACCCUACGCUGAGUAGGUACAUUGCGCAGCUGACCAAGCUGGAGAGGACAGAGUAUGAGGAGCAGCAAGAGGCAAGGAACCGAGAGAGGAGUCCUAUGAGACGAGUUACAUUCACUCGUCCCUCGAGUUCCAGACAGGUGAUGCAGCCCCGUGAUAAGGGGAAGGCGCCAACAUUUCGUCCGGCAGCACCACCGCCACCAGCACUGCCAGGACCGCGCAGAUCUUGCCCACGCUGCGGGCGAGAUCAUGUUGGACCAUGCCAUACUGGGUACACUUGUUACCGUUGUGGUCAACCUGGCCACUUCGCUAACCAGUGCACCGGAGACGUAGCUGCUUCCAGUCAGCAGAGAGCCAGACCUCCACGCCCUCAGCCACCACGUAGAGGGGGAGUAGCACCACGGGUAUAUGCACUUGCUGCGGAGGAAGAAGUCAUGGGUGACGGGGCUUACUUUGCUCAGGAGACAGUCACCAUUGAUGCUGUCGUCGAGGGUGACUCCGAGCAGUUAGACGCUGCUACCAUCACAGGUAUCAUACAUCUUCAUGGUACUGCAUGCCACGUUUUGUUUGAUACGGGAGCUACACAUAGCUUCCUAAGUUUGAGUACAGCGGAUGACUUGGAUGUGAUGGAUAUGGAUACAGCUGAGAGAUAUAGAGUGCAUACCCCUUCGGGAGAGAUCUUGCCAGUGACCGGGGUGUUACGCGGGAUCCCUCUAAUACUCUGUGGAAGGAAUCUCUUAGUUGAUCUGAUUAUAGUACCUAUUCAGGGGUAUGAUUUGAUAUUGGGAAUGGAUUGGCUGGCCGUGCAUCAGGCAUAUAUUGACUGCCGCAGGCGGUUUAUUCAGUUUGCAGAUGCGGCAGGGAAGUUUGAGUUUAUGGGAGACAGAGCACGGAAUCCUUUCCCGAUCAUAUCAGCAUUUCGAGCCAGCCGAAUGAUUCGGAAGGGAGAUGAGGCGUGUCUCGUGGUAGUGACAACUACCUAG